AUGCGGAGCUUCCUGCAGUCCAUGGACAUCAGUACGGAGGACGUGUGGACGCUCUUCAUGGUCAUCGACAGCAACGGCGAUGGUGAGAUCUCGGUAGAAGAGUUUGUCUACGCGUGCCAGCAGCUUCAGGGUCCGGCCAAGGGCUUGCAGAUGGCACGGAUGAGCUUCGAGAAUACCGUCAUGCGGGAGGAGGUGAAAAAGCUGCAGAAGGAAUUCAUUCGAUUCAAGAGAAAGAUGGAAUCUGACGCUGGCCCAUUGCCAACACCUACGCCUGGGCCUGAAACACCACUGAACCUAAAGCGUGAGCUGACGCAAGGCGAUCAGGGUUUUAAAUCGCACCAGCAUCUGUGA